AAAAGGUAAACAAAACGUAUCAUAUCGAUCGUUGCAAGACUUGACUUGGGAGUGCACUGCAGCCGGACCCCUUUCGAUUGGAAAAACCAAAAAUUGGAUUCUACCAAAAUCGGCAACGCACCAUAUUUUGAAGAAACUAAUUUUAGCUGUAACUGAGCAGAAGCAGCGCACACUUAGAUGGACCAUUUGCCCGCGUAUUUAUUUCUCUCAUUUGUUAGAGCGAUUUGUGACACCUUGGUCCAUGUGAUGUGAUGAGGCAAUGUUUCAUUCAUCACCGGUCGACGCGAACGGAAGUGUAGUGAAUAUUCCCACAGUCUCUUCAGAAGAGUUUUACGAUCCGGUGUUGCUAACAGAACCAGCGGUAUACCACAAGGAGGAUACAGAGAAUCAGCAACAGGAGGGGCGAAGUCAGGAAAACUACUUAAACGCAUUUUACAGUAUCGUGAUACAUUACCUAAACGAAACACUGGAUCAUAUUAUUCUGGUGCUGUUGGCCUACAGCAUACUAUGCAUAAUUUUAUACAAACUACUCUUUCGUCGGCUCGGUCCCGGAUAUCGCCGAUGGCUGGUACGCAAAAGUCAUCUGCCGCCAUGCACGCGAGCACUUCUCGUGACCGCCCACCCCGAUGACGAAGUCAUGUUCUUCGGGCCCACGAUACUGGAACUACGCCGACGCCAGUGUCGCGUGUUUGUGCUUUGUCUCUCGGAAGGAAAUCACGACCGCAAGGGGCCCAUCCGCCGACAGGAGCUGUGGGACGCUUGCGAAAGUCUCGGUGUCCGGCCGGAGGACAUUACGCUGUUUAACGCCACCCACCUGCAGGAUGAUCCGACGAUCGAGUGGAAGACGGUGACGAUUGCGAACCAGUUACUGCGCCAAGUCGAAUCGCUCGAUGUGGAUCUGGUCAUUACGUUCGACAAGGAUGGUGUAAGCGGCCAUCCGAAUCAUUGUGCAAUUUACUAUGCCACCGCAUCGCUAUGCCUUUCCGGAAUGAUCCCUAGCAAUUGUAAAGUAUUAACGUUAGAAACGGUAAACCUUUGCAGAAAAUAUCUAUCAAUAUUUGAUCUGCCGAUAACACUGCUGCUUUCUACUAAUUGGGUCAUUCUCAGCUGGCGGGCGCGCCGCGCUGUGCAAAAUGCAAUGCGCCUGCACAACUCCCAGAUGGUAUGGUUCCGGAAGCUGUAUAUAGUAUUCUCCCGCUACAUGGUGAUCAAUUCAUUGCGCGAGAUCAACAAAUCGGACGUUGAAUUCGAGAUACUAGACACCUAAUGAUGGCACACAGGCAGCAUCUUAUUUCGAUAGCCAACCACCAAAUUAGAUUGUAAAUGCUACCAUGCUUCGUUCAUCGGACCGCGGGACCAUCCAUUGAGGCACAGCGUACGUGAUAUCUCCAGGGAGGUUUGGCGACGUACAAGCGAACGAACGAUCGACAAUAGCGUCGAACAAAAAAUACAAAAAUUGUAAUGCGCUUUCGCUAGUCUGCUCGUUAUCCAUUAAGUAGUUGAAAUUUGAAAUGCGAUUCAGUGCCAGGUAGUUGUAUUGAUGAGAGGGCUGUAUGACGGUGAAUUUGUAAUGAUUAGUUAAAUUACUCCAAUUAGUUGUUGAAAUACGUGAGCAAUGCUUCGAUGCUUAAAACUAAAAAGUAUUAAAGAUGCAAAGAUGCAUAUUAAGCCGCCAUCCGCGUAAAUUCCGGUACGAAACUUCGUUCGAAAAUACUUCACGAACAAUUUGCAUAGCAUUUACUUUUCCUUUUUACUUUCGUUCGGCAAAUAAAUGGCAAAUGAAAUUCUUUUUCAAAGA